CCUAUGAUAUAUAAUCGGAUUGAGCUGCUCGCGGUGCUUUCUCGUCAAAUCAGCCCUCGUUUCUUUUCUUCUUGAUUCCCUAGAUACCCCGUGUCUUUUGCAUUAUUCCUGACUAAUUCUUAAUUCUGCAUUCGUUCUCCGGCGACCGGGAUAUCAACAUGUUUUCGAAAUCCUCCCUCCUCGCCUUCCUCCUCGCAUGUCAGCAAUAUGGGGUUGCAGCACAGCCGUCUUGGCCCGCGUCUAUAGACGAACUGGAGGACAUCAUGUUCCUGAAUUCAGGUUACCGGGCACGGGGGUUCGCAGCUCCAGUAACUCCCUGCUCGAAGGGAGUUAGCGCUGGACGAAUCACUGCUGCUGAAUGGCUCCGAACCAUCUUUCACGAGGCCAUCAAUGGCAAUGUAUACGACGGUAAAGGAGGAGUGGACGGCAGCAUGCAAUUUGAACUCGGCAACAGCGAGAAUGCCGGCAAUUUCGCGCCGUCAACGAUCGGAAUGUUUGCACCCUUCCUCUCCAGCCGCCUCUCCCUGGCCGACAUCGAGGCUGUGGGCCUCUACGCUGCAGUUCGAUCGUGUGGAGGGCCCGCCAUCCCGGUCCGCGGCGGGCGCGUAGAUGCCGCAGCAGCAGGGCUCUCUGGCUUUGUGCCCCAACCACAGAACAGUGCUGGUAUUUUCGCAAACCAGUUUGCAAGACUAGGAUUGGACACAGUGGGGAUGAUUCAAAUCGUUGCUUGCGGGCAUACCAUAGGCGGGGUGCAUGCGUCAGAAAAUCCGGAUAUCAUCAAUGCCGGCACUUUCCCGAACGACUUUGCAACCAUGGACACCACUCCUUCAACUUUCGACAACGCUAUUGCUACUGAAUACGUCGCCGGUACAACGAACGAUCCCCUAGUGGUUGGUAAAUCUAUAACAACCAGCAGAAAUUCAGACACAAAGGUCUUCGCCGCCGACAGGAACGUUACGAUUAGGACUUUGCAAGAUGCUACGGCAUUUGCGAGCGCCUGCAAGACUGUAUUCCAGAAGAUGAUCGAAGUCGUUCCCUCGAGCGUCACCCUUACAGAUCCCAUCACCCCGUAUACGGUUAAGCCAUAUGAUCUCCAGCUUACUCUUCUCGGCGGUGGCACCAACAUCAAAUUCACGGGCGACAUCCGUAUCCGCACCAGUACGCUUACCAACGUUGCUCUAGUUCAACUUGUCUACAAGGACCGCACGGGAACAGCCAUGUCUACGCCCAUUAACACCACUCCAUCAGGAACUGCUUCCGGCUUUGACGACACAUUCUCCUUCUUUGGCUUCUCCACAGAACUUGAAGCUGACACUUCAAUUUCAUCCUUCAAUGUUCUUGUCACUCUGACUGGCGGAUCCACGCAAGUCUUCGAUAACAACGGCAAUGGCUUCAAAGUAGACGACACUAUCAUUUACCAGUCCCCCCAAAGCUGCCUGGAUGGUUCCGGGAAACUGACCGUUGUCGCCGCUGUCCGCAACGGAGCAUCGUCCCCGAGCGUGAAGGUAGUAGUAAAGAAUGCCCAAGCCAGCCCCAACCCGGUCCCUUCCUUAUCCACUGCUACUGCCGCAAUGGCAACCCAAUCCGCUGUGGGCUCGUACCAGCUUUACUCUGCCGCCUACACCCUUUCCGGAUCACAGGCCUCGUCCGCUGUGUUUGGUGUCUUCGCCGAUAGCUCUUCCGACAAUUACAAGAGCCCAAGCGGCCUCCCAACUGCUUGCACACCUCUAGGCUCAUCAACGCCGACUUCUACCCCAACGUCUACCGCUUUCGCCUUCCAGGGCUGCUACUACGACGCCGGCGCUCCACGUGCCCUUGGAGAAUCAGGCACCACCGGCGAUACUAUGACCGUUGAGAAGUGCGCUACCUUCUGCUCAUCGUACCAGCUCUUCGGCUUAGAAUACUCAAAGGAAUGUUACUGCGGCAAUACCCUGGAUGCUACAAGUACAAUCCGGGCUCUCUCCGACUGCAACAUGCCCUGCGGUGGUGACUCGGCCGAAAUCUGUGGUGCCGGCAAUCGCAUCAGCCUGUACAAGAACCUCAAGUACUCACCGCCUGGCAACCCAACUAUUGCAGGCUAUGACUACAAGGGCUGCUACAGCGAGGGCUCUGCGGGCCGUGCGUUGUCUGAUAGUGCGACUGCCAGCGAUAGUAUGACUGUGGAGUCUUGCGCUACUUUCUGCAAUGGCGCGAAGUACUUUGGCGUCGAGUACGGAAGUGAAUGUUACUGCGGCGGAACUCUCAACGAAGGCAGCACGCUGCAGACUUCAACUGACUGCAACAUGUUCUGCUCUGGCAACAGCGCUGAGUACUGCGGUGCCGGCAAUCGUCUCAACAUCUAUGAAAAGGCUGCUAGCUCUAGUUCCUCUACGCCGACACCCACACCGACGCCCUCUUCGACCCCAUCUAGCUCAAGCGUUAGUUCCCUUAGCUCCAGCACCACCGUCUCGCCAGACGUCAGUCCUUCUAGCUCGAGCGUUGCUUCGUCAUCUUCAUCCUCCCCAACGCCAACGCCAACGCUAACAUCAUCCUCCACUACCGUCAGCAGUAGCACUAGUUCUUCCUCACCGUCGUCCACGCCCACACCAACCGGCCCUACGUACUCAGGCUACAGUUACACCGGUUGCUUGACGGACAGCGUGACAAACCGCACUCUAAUUGGCAAAUCCCGCGCCGUCUCCACGAACUCUUACUCCGACUGCGCAUCAUUCUGUUCUGGGUACCAGUUCUUUGGUCUUGAAUACAGCGCGGAAUGCUACUGCGCCAACGUUCUCGAAUACCUAGAGAAGAACCCAGACUCCGACUGCAGCAUGACCUGCUCCGGCGACUCCUCUCAAUCUUGCGGCGGCCCCAACCGCAUUACCGUCUUCAACUCCACCACGCUCGUUCAGCAGCCCGGCAACCCCAGCAUCCCCGGUUACGCAUACGCCGGCUGCUACACGGACAGCGUGGGCGCCCGCUCGCUGAACGACGACUACAUGUUCGAUUCCGCCAUGACGGUGGAGAAAUGCGCAACAAGAUGUAAUGGCAGUAAGUAUUUCGGCAUGGAGUAUGGCGGGGAAUGUUAUUGCGGUGCGGCGUUUGCGAAUCCGAGCACCAAGGUGGCGGAUGCCGAGUGCAGUAUGCUGUGUGGGGGCAGUACGAUGGAGUUUUGUGGGGCGGGGAAUCGGUUGACGGUGUAUGAGAAGGACAGCUAGACGAGGGGAGCUGGACGUUGCAUUUGAGUAUUGGUUGUUUCUUGCGAGAUACCACGGAGAGCACGAGGGGAGUGUUGCAUCGUGGUUCGCCCACGACUUAGUUAAUGUUUGAUGAUUUUUAGACUGCAUGCAUGGUUUGCAUAGUCUGAAUGAUAGUAAUAUCUAAACCCCAGUUUUCUCUUUCCUCGCUCUAGGAG